AUGUUCCUUCUCGCAACUGAUGGAUCAGGCCCAAAACAACUCUUACACCAAAUUCCUCCCCUGGCCGACCAUAAUACAGUCGGCUCAACUAAGCCUCUGCACCCCGAUCAACUGUAUUGUUUCUACACUAAUUCCAAAUAUUUCCACGACAACUUUUCCGAAGUGGAAGUGCGUUGCCAAAUUGGUCAAUGGCGCAUUAUUGUAGUUACCGAAACUUGGCUGACAACCGACAUUCUGGAUUCAGAAUUACGUUUGCCCGGCAUGACUGUGCUCAGACGGGAUCGACCUACACGGGGUGGUGGGGUGUUACUCUACUUUAGCAGAAAACUACAAUUCGAGGCAAUUGAUUAUACUUCUGCGUCUCCGGACUCACUGUGGUGCAAAGUAUGA